GAAGAAGAUCAAAAUCGAAAUAACUUUGUUCCAAAACACAAAAAACAAAGCAAAGAGAGAAACGUGUAUCAAUCUAUUGCGUGAGGAAUAAGGCAGGGAAGCAAAUCAAUCCAGAGUAGGAGAAUCAGGGGACGUUACCAAAUUAGGGUUUUACAGACCUACAUUAUCUUUUCUCUUCCGACGAUACUUAAUUGCUCGUGAAACUCUAAAAAAAACUCGAGGGGUUUCGCGAAAGCUCCAUCGGAAUCGAUGGAAUCAUCUCCGUCUGGAUCCGAACCUCCUCAUAAAGUGGUUUCUAAACUACAAAAAGUUGGCUGGCGAGCUACUAUGAUCUUCAAUCUCGGUUUUGCAGCUUAUAUAUUUGCGAUAAAACGAGAAAAGGACAUUGAUGCGGAUGAGAAAAAGAAAGGGAAAAAGGGUAGCGAGGCCAGAAAUAAAGGUGUGAAAAAGGGUGGUGUUAGCACUGAUGAUGUCGAGAAGAAAGUUGCAGAAAACAGCAGAGUUGCAGAGACUGAUAAGGCUAAGGAAGCAGAAAGUGCAUUACCAGUGAAGGAAGAAACGAAGCCAAUCCCUGAACUGGAUCCGCUGUUUGAGUUCACAGAUGCAGCUGAUCAGUCAAUGUUUCAGACUGUGGCAACUGAACCUGUAAAGGUGGCAAGGAAACCGAUUCCAGAAGAUGAGCAAAAGGAGCUGUUCAAGUGGAUUUUGGAAGAGAAAAGGAAGAUUGAACCAAAAGACAGGAAAGAAAAGAAACGAAUCGAUGAAGAGAAAGCUAUAUUGAAACAGUUUAUUAGCGCCAGUAGGAUUCCGAAACUUCUCCCCGAUGAUUCCGUUGAUUCUUCCCUCCGUGAUUGGGACAAAUUCUUCUCCAACUAGAAACAGUCAAACAGAAGAAACUAGUGUACUUGUUUUUUUGUUAGUACACCAAACGACCUUUGUUGCCUUUUUAGUUUUACUACUCUGAUUGUUGACUCUAAUCAACGAAUAGUUCUUAAGGGACCCGUUUGAAAAUGUGAUUUCUCUGGGGUUGAGAUUGGUGAUUUUAUAAAACUAUGGGGUAAUA